AAAACCAAAACUUUGCCUUUAUUCUUUUUUUGCCUUUGUUUUACCCUAUUAUUAGUAUUAUACAUUAUAUGCAGUGGAUGGUUACAUAGGGAUAAUAUAUUUUUUUAACAUAAAGUUUGAGAAUUGUAAUAAUUUAACAUGAGAAAUUGUCGCAGAAAUUUGAAUUUAUAGAAAAACGAAGAAGAUUUGGUAUAUUAAUUUGGAUAAGGGCCGAGCUAAGGCAGGCCCGACUGCCACAAAUUAUGACGUGUAGAUGUUAAGCUGGCGUACCCACCAAGUGCAAUGCAGGCCGCCCACACAGGCCAUGGCCUUUCUAAUCGGCUAUUCGCCCCGUCCAGGUAUACGGUACUGUGCAGAACCCCUCACCUUCGUUUUUAUGAGCACUUCCCAGCACUCCCCGCUCUUUGCUGCCUGAUGUGGGACAACCAAGUAACCCUAAAGACAAUAAACCCGACAUAUCUCAAGAAAGAUGGAUUUUUUGCUAUUACUAAUUGUUUUACAGACUCGUCAACUGCUAGUUAGGACUUCAACUUGUGGGUUUAUUUCCUAAUGAAGGACUUCUGGCGACUCUUUGCUAGGCUUGGGGGUAUCAGGAGUUAUUCAGUGUUAAGCAAUGAUCAGCUAAGAAUUAAUGGGGUUAAAGAUGUGAUUGCCGUUGCUUCUGGUAAAGGCGGUGUUGGCAAGUCUACCACUGCAGUUAAUUUAGCGGUUGCACUAGCUAUCAAGUGCCGAUUGAAGGUGGGCUUGCUUGAUGCUGAUGUGUAUGGACCAUCUGUUCCAACCAUGAUGAACAUCCACCAAAAGCCUGAAGUUACUAGAGAUAUGAAGAUGAUUCCUAUUGAGAACUAUGGAGUGAAGUGUAUGUCUAUGGGAUUUCUGGUGGAUAAGGAUGCACCAAUCGUGUGGAGAGGCCCCAUGGUGAUGAGUGCUCUUCAGAAAAUGUCAAAGGAAGUUGAAUGGGGGGGUCUUGAUAUUCUUGUGGUGGAUAUGCCCCCUGGCACAGGUGAUGCACAACUAACUAUGUCCCAGAAGCUUCAGUUGUCAGGCCAACCACCAAUAUUCCCAAAGGGGGAAAAGAAAGGAAAUGGAGGUGCUUUAAUAGUUUCAACCCCACAAGAUGUUGCAUUGAUUGAUGCUCGUAGAGGAGUUAGAAUGUUCUCUAAAGUUCAAGUUCCUAUACCCAUUGAAGUCGACAUAAGGAAAGGUUGUGAUGAAGGCAUACCUAUAGUGGUAUCAGCACCUGAUUCUGUUGUCUCCAAAGCUUACUGUGAUGUAGCUCAAAAUGUUGUCAUGAGACUUGAGGAGUUGGCAAAGUUAUGAAAACCAUCUCAAGAGACUGACCAGCAGAGUUUACUCAGGCGAUGAAAAUGUCAAGCCCUUGUCAUCUGGUCUACUUGUCAUGUAUACCAGACACAAUUUCUUCAUUGU